AUGGACGUUCUUUCAAUGUGUUCGUCGUCUCCAAACCAAUCUAUCCCGAGGAAAACUUCGGUAUUUGCUCCUUCAACAUCUCAUGCUCAAAGUUUGCCUUCUCCACCGUUGGUUGAAAUGGCGAAUGAGAAAAAGGGACACCCACUCCCUUCCUUAACUUCUAUUUUACGGUCUCCUGUACCUUCCCUGCAUGAGAUUAGUUCUAAUCCGCCAGCAAUAAUGCCAAAACCGCUUCAUAAUACAUCGUCUGCUUCCAUUGUCAACCUUCAAAAUUCUUCAUAUCAACAACGAUCGUCUACUCCGCCAAGCCCUCCUUCGCAAUUAAAUUAUCAAAAACCACCACAACCAAUCCUGGCGCGUAGGUCGAGUUUCAGUUCUUCCCCUUCAUAUUCAUUACCGCCACCACGUUGUGACACUACUAGCUCAAUUAAUUAUUCUCAUUCGUCCGUUACCACUUCCUCAACUUCAGAUUAUCCCCCUCCAUAUGCUACUUCUACUUCAUAUACAUCUACGGGGAAUAAUAUCCCCAGAGAUGAAGAUUCACCUUAUAUCCAACAAACCACAGAACAAUCCCUUGUUAAAAUAGGGAAGGUUAUAGACAAUUGUAACCAAAUCGCUCAAUUUGCUUCGCAAUAUCGUGACAUGAAAAUUAAUCAUAAUCCUUGGAAUGGUAUCGUUCUUCAACUGAACGAGUCCCAUCUGACAGAUAUGAUAAAUAAGGCUUAUGAUGUAUUAAAUGUCUUAUCUGGUCUAAAGAGUGAAGUAUCUGCAAGAUUUCAUGCCGAGACAAGUCAAGAUGAAAUUGAUUUGAUUCGUAAGCAGAGAACGAGUAUUUCCACAUCUACACGGACAAAAUACAGGAAACGAAGUAAGCGUGCAGCGCCUCCUGGAAGAUGUCAUUCCUGUAAUAUAUCUGAAACUCCUGAGUGGCGUCGUGGCCCCGAUGGUGCAAGAACGCUAUGUAACGCUUGUGGUCUUCCGAAUUCUUCAAACAUGAGCAUGAGCUCAUCGUCAUCUUCACUUGAUAAUAAUAUCAAUGGCUCGAUAAUGUCAACUCCUGGUGUUUCGGACAUAGAAAGAGAUUCUCCUCACGCUAAGCGAGCAAGAAUUGAUAUGAUUGACAUGUUUGAAGAUUGA